AUUGAGCAUCGGAUCGUGUUAGUGUGCGAACGCUUACCUUAUCAGUUAAGAGUCUGAAAUCUGUUUAUUUCAGUGUUUAAAAAUGGCGCAGAAUAAUCUAGAAGUCGGAAUGAAGUGUAUUAAAUAUAUGUUGCUGUGUGUUACAGCUAUAUUUGUGCUGACAUCAGCGCUGAUAAUCUCAGUGGGCACGACCAUCUAUGCAAUUUACUACGAUGUCGCGUUCUUUCUCUACGACCAGAUGUUUUCACCGGCGACCUUCAUCGUUGUUAUUGGAAUCAUCAUGCUGUUCGUGUCACUCUUCGGAUGCAUUGGUGCUUUGAAAGAGAGCACUUGCUUAGUCAAUAUUUUCGCGGUGAUAUUAAGUUUGGUGCUGGUGCUGGAGGUGGCAGCAGCCAUCGCCGCCUACACCCUUCGUGGUCAGGUGGCGCGAAUGCUGGAUGAGAACCUCAGAUCCAGUCUGCCAUACUACUACACUUACCCAGAUGUCACCAAAAGUUACGACUUUAUUCAGAACAGACUCAACUGCUGCGGUGUCGACUCAUACCUUGACUGGGGCGAAGUAAUAAGCGAUAAAUCUCACGAAGGGAUAGCCGUAGCAAACAUCACCGUACCAUUCAGUUGCUGUGCCGAAACGCGCACCCAGUACGUCAAUGAAAUGGAAGUUGAAGAAUGCGAAAAAUUAUACGCAAACGGAUGCCUGCCCAGAAUAACAUACUUGGUCUACCAAAGCGCUGGAUUGCUAGGAGCCGGAGCCAUGACUAUUGCUUUCAUACAGAUUAUUGGCAUCGUAUUUUCCUUCUCCCUGGCCACUUCCAUUCGCAAGGCAAAAUCUGAACGUGAACGCAGACGCUGGGAGAUUCAAGAACGGAUGAUUAACGCUUACACUUCUCUGAGUCCUGACACAGAAAAGAAGCCAGUCGUCUAUGUCCCAUUCCAUGGACAAACUGUUGCUUAGUUCUAUGAUUUAUGCAUACCUACCAUUCUCUAUGGAAAAAGUGUAGAAAUAAUGAUAAUAAUCUAUUUUGGUAUUAAGUAUCAUCUUCACCUUAAAUUAGUAGCCAAUGUAUAAUGCAUUACUGUAACAAAAUUAUCAAGGUUUUAUCGAUAGAUUCGCAACUUCUGGUAUAUAGUAUUCAUCUCCAGAUAUUAAUCUAAUUUUAAUUUUAAAAAAUGUUUAUUUCUAUGGAUUUCUUAUAGAUUUGGUAGGUAUAUAGACAAUAUCGCAGAGAUAAGUAAUAGUUUAAGGAAAUCCCAAAGAUCGGAGUAAACAUUAUUUUCAUAUUAGCUAUACUUUUUAAUUGGGAUGUCACGGUUUUGUAUCGUAUCAGAGAUGGAAUGGUCAGGAAUCUGUUUAUGCUGAUUUUAAAGUAUUUUUAAGUGAUUUUAAAGUUCAAUCUCCUUUAGUAAAAGGUUUCUUUUACCGUAUUAAAUGAGAGAGAUCAAAACAGAACAUAAAUUUUUGUAAACAUUAUCGAUUGUUAACAAGACUCAGUUGCAAAGCUCCGUGACAUCCCUAAACUAUUGUAUAUAAUAAAUCGAAUCGUACCUACAUUUGAAUUAUAUUUUAUUAUUAAUAAAGACGAUAAACUUUUA